AGAAUCGGGCCUCGGCCGCUGUCGGACGCUCGCUGCACCGCGCGGCGGGAGGAGCGAAGAUGGCGGGAGGGUGCGGCCAAGAGGCUGCUGGGAUUGUGGCGGACCCAGCGGCAAAAUGGCGGCCGUGCGGCCAGUGUGUGUGUAUGGAGGGGAGCUCUUAAGUGCAAGGUGCCCACAGAAGCCAGAAGGCAUUAGACUUCCUGGAGCUGGAGCUACAGACAUUUGUGGCUGCCUCGUGUAGGUGCUGGGAACCAAACUUUGAUUCUUCCAUAAGAACGGGAGAGGCUCCAUCAAGGUGGUAUCCUGCUACUGCUCCCCAAGGCCUUGACCAAGCAUAGCCCCCCAGGGCUGGACUACACUGUUGAAGACCUGGCACAUUCCUCUUCAGAUGCUGUUUCACCUCAGUGGGCUGUACUCUGCCCUGUACUUCCUAGCUACACUCCUGAUGAUUGUAUACAAAAGUCAGGUUUUCAGCUAUCCUUGUAACUGUCUGGCCCUGGAUCUGGUUCUCUUGCUUCUGAUGGGAAUUCUCAAAGUAGCUCAGCUCUACCUAGGCACAAAAGGCAACCUGAUGGAGGCUGAAGUGCCACUGGCUGCCAGCCUGGCAUUCACAGCAGUCGGUGGCCUCCUUUCUGUUCACUUCCUACUCUGGCAGACCUUGGUACUGUGGAUGGACUCGGUCCUCAGCACCGUUCUCCUGGUGCUGCAUGGGCUGGAGGCUGGCCUGCAAGUGGUGGUCAUUGCUGACUUCAUCAGGUAGAUGGAGCAGGGUAACCUGCACAGCACUGCUCCUUAGCCCUCAGCAGGUUCCUUGGCCCAGACAAGGAGACUGUCUUUUUUAUUGAUCGUCUGUAGAUAGUUUAUACAUAUUUUUUGGGGGAGGGGGGGAGAUACCAGAGCCAGGGAGGGACAAACUUGGAAGCUUGAAGAUGACCAUCAUGGACAGGAGCCUAGUGAAUCCCAGAAAUGUCUUCUCAGGUCUUGUGGCUGGGGUGCUGACUAUAGCGGGACCACCAUGAUCCCCAGACAGUAGAAGGUAAAGCCUUUCAGGAAGUCAAUGGCUAGGGGCAGCCCUGCAGCUCCACCUUGUCUCAGCCCCAGAAACAUGGCUUCCUGGCAGGAGUGUACAAACUGUGCUGGUCACCACCCUGUGUUUGCUCACACACGGAUUACUGAGUUCUGUGCUUCCCACGCUGGCCCUGGGUCUUGUUCUGAGAGCCUGUUGUACUUAGUUGCCAGACCUUGGUCCAGGGCUGGGAUCCCUCUGGAGCUGCAGGAUGGCAGCCUUGUGUUCCAGUGGCCCUCCAAUUUGGCUCCCCAUCAGGCCAGCCCUGAAAUGAAACUGCUUGGUUUCCAAAAGGAAACAAAAGCAAAUGUAUUCCAGGUAUGGUGGCACACAAACCUUUUAGUCCCAGCACCCAGGAGGCAAAGAUGGGCAUAUCUUUGUGAGUUCAAAGCCAGCCUACCUGGUCUACAUAGUGAUUUGCAAGUCACCCAGGGUUACACGGUGAGACCUUGUCUUUAAAAAAAAAGAAAAAAGUAUACAGAGAGCUGGGUAUUAUGACCAUCUCAGCCCCUUUCAUGGGUGGGGGUUGGGGAAGUUGUAGGGAGCAGAAGACAGAAUAAAAGAACCGCUUUUAGUCUAUGAUUCUGGGAGUCGCAGUCCACCAAACUGCAGCCUUUGUAGAUGCCAAAUGAAUCUCAUCUCCUGUUUUUCUUUUCCUAGCCCAUUUUUUUCUCAGAAAGUAUUUAAGCAGUAUUUUUUUUUUACAGUUUCUUUCAUUCUGUUAUGUGUUUUCUGUUUAUGUCGUUAUGUUCAAAUAUCUAGUUUCUCUUUUAAAAAAUAAAUAAGUAAUUAUGCUGUCA